AUGGCUGACAACAUGAAAUUAAGCGAUGAUAAACGAAAAGAAUUUGAUGAAUAUUACAAAAAAAAUCGAGACAAACUUCCUGCUUGUCCUACAUGUCAAACAAAUAAUGAUGUUAUUCCAACUGCUCGUGGUAAACCAUCAACAGAAUUAUUAUUAUAUGCUGAAGAAGGCAAUGUAAAAUUAUCUGGUUGUACGCAAAGUUAUAAUGGAUGGUGCAAAAAAUGUGAAAAAUUCAUUUAA